CAGGAGGAAACGCCCCCCCCCGGCCUUCCUCCUCGGAACCGAGGAGGGGGGUCGAGGGCCGCCGCCCAGGCCUGCCUCGACUUGUUUGUAAAUGCCUGACAAACAGGUAGCCAAGAAUGAAGAAAGCAAACCGGACUGUUGGUUCAGCACCCAAAGUCCCAGGGAUAAGUAAAAUACAAACGGUAGAAAAAGUUAAGUCAGAAAACGGGUCCACAGUAUCUGUAGUAGCGAAACUUUCAAAAACUGGGACAGCAGCAGCAUUAUUGAAGACAAAGAGCAACGAUGAUCUUUUAGCUGGGAUGGCUGGUGGGGUUACUAUGAGCAACGGUGUGAAGGGAAAGAAGAGUACUUGUACUUCCGCAGCACCUCCCACUGCAGGGACCACUAUGAACAACUUGGAGAAACCCAAACCUAUUACAGGUACAAGUUCUGUAGCUAAACGUAGCACUUCUUCUGGAAAUAAGGAAUCUAGCUCUUCUCGGGAAAGAAUUCGUGACCGUUCCCGGCUGACUCAAAGUAAAAAACUGCCACUAACAGGACAAGCCAGCAAUGAUACAAUCCUUGCAAAGCGCUCCCGUAGUCGUACUAAUCCAGACUCUGAUGUUCGAAUGAGCAAGUCUAAAUCAGACAAUCAGAUCAGUGACAAAGCUGUUUUGGAAGCAAAAGUGAAAGAUCUUUUAACGUUAGCCAAAACGAAAGAUGUAGAGAUCUUACAUCUGAGGAAUGAGCUCAGAGAGAUGCGUGCUCAGCUAGGCCUUAAUGAAGAUCAGUAUGAGGGAGAUGAAAAAUCUGAAGAAAAAGAAACCAUUGCUAUCCACCAGCCAACUGAUGUAGAAUCCACAUUACUGCAUUUGCAAGAACAAAACUCUGCCAUCCGGGAGGAACUCAAUCAGUUGAAAAAUGAGAAUCGGAUGUUGAAGGAUAGGUUAAAUGCAUUGGGGUUUUCUCUGGAACAAAGGAUGGAUAACACCGAAAAACUAUUUAGCUACCAGUCCUUGAGCCCAGAAAUCGCAGCUGGAAACCACAGUGAUGGUGGGGGCACCCUUACUUCUUCAGUGGAAGGUUCUGCUCCUGGUUCAGUAGAAGAUCUUUUGAGUCAGGAUGAGAAUACCUUAAUGGACAAUCAACAUAGCAACUCCAUGGAUAAUUUGGACAGCGAGUGCAGUGAAGUUUAUCAGCCGCUCACUUCAAGUGACGAUGCCUUAGAUGCUCCAUCAUCUUCAGAGUCUGAGGGUGUGCCAAGCAUAGAAAGAUCAAGAAAGGGGAGCAGCGGCAAUGCCAGCGAGGUGUCUGUGGCUUGUUUGACAGAACGGAUACAUCAGAUGGAAGAGAACCAGCAUAGCACAGCUGAAGAACUUCAGGCAACUCUUCAGGAACUUGCAGACUUGCAGCAAAUUACUCAAGAACUGAACAGUGAAAAUGAAAGGCUUGGAGAAGAAAAGGUUAUUCUUAUGGAAUCGUUGUGCCAGCAGAGUGACAAGUUAGAACAUUUCAGUCGACAGAUGGAAUAUUUCCGAUCGCUUUUAGAUGAGCAUCAUAUUUCUUACGUUAUCGAUGAAGACAUGAAAAGUGGGCGCUAUAUGGAGCUAGAGCAACGUUACAUGGACCUUGCAGAGAAUGCACGUUUCGAAAGAGAACAGCUCCUUGGUGUCCAACAGCAUCUGAGCAACACUCUCAAAAUGGCAGAACAAGAUAACAAGGAAGCCCAGGAGAUGAUAGGAGCACUGAAGGAACGGAAUCACCAUAUGGAGCGAAUUAUUGAGUCAGAACAGAAGAGCAAGAACACUCUAGCAGCCACCUUGGAUGAGUACAAAGCCACAGUAGCUAGUGAUCAGAUUGAGAUGAACAGGCUGAAAGCUCAGUUGGAGCAUGAGAAACAGAAGGUAGCUGAACUAUAUUCCAUACACAACUCUGGUGACAAAUCAGAUAUACAAGACUUACUAGAAAGUGUCAGGCUUGACAAGGAAAAGGCAGAGACAUUAGCCAGCAGCCUGCAAGAGGAGCUAGCUCAUACACGCAAUGAUGCCAAUCGCCUGCAAGACACCAUUGCAAAGAUAGAAGAUGAAUAUAGAGCUUUCCAAGAAGAAGCUAAGAAGCAAAUUCAGGAUCUGAAUAUGACUUUAGAAAAGCUUCGGGCAGAGCUGGAAGAAAAAGAAACAGAGAGGAGUGAUAUGAAGGAAACCAUAUUUGAGUUGGAAGAUGAAGUAGAGCAGCAUCGAGCGGUAAAACUCCACGACAAUCUCAUUAUAUCGGACUUGGAGAAUACUGUAAAAAAGCUUCAAGACCAAAAGCAUGACAUGGAAAGAGAGAUCAAAACUCUGCACAGGCGGCUCAGGGAGGAGUCUGCAGAAUGGCGGCAGUUCCAAGCUGAUCUACAGACUGCUGUGGUCAUAGCAAAUGAUAUAAAAUCUGAGGCUCAGGAAGAAAUCGGGGACCUAAAGCGCAGGCUCCAUGAAGCUCAGGAGAAGAAUGAGAAGCUAACAAAAGAGUUGGAAGAAAUAAAGUCACGCAAACAGGAGGAGGAGCGUGGUCGUGUUUACAACUACAUGAACGCUGUUGAAAGGGACUUAGCAGCUCUGAGGCAAGGAAUGGGGUUGAGUCGCAGGUCAUCCACUUCUUCAGAACCAACACCCACUGUAAAAACUCUCAUCAAAUCCUUUGAUAGUGCCUCACAAGUUCCUAGUCCAGCUGCAACGACAAUACCUCGUACCCCUCUGAGCCCAAGCCCUCUGAAAACACCUCCUGCAGCUGCAGUAUCUCCGAUGCAGAGACAUUCCAUAAGUGGACCAAUAUCUACUUCUAAACCCCUCACAACUCUGUCAGACAAAAGGCCAAGUUACGCAGAAAUCCCUGUCCAAGAUCAUCUGUUGAGAACUUCCUCUACCAGCAGACCAGCUUCUUUGCCAAGAGUGCCUGCCAUGGAAAGUGCCAAAUGUAUUUCUGUGUCUCGACGGAGCAGUGAAGAAAUCAAGCGGGACAUCUCUGCUCCUGAUGGAGCAACUCCGGCCUCUCUCAUGGCCAUUGGGACAACUUCACCACAGCUGUCGCUCUCGUCUUCACCUACAGCAUCUGUCACCCCUACAACACGUAAUAGAAUAAGAGAAGAAAGGAAAGAUCCGUUGUCUGCUUUGGCAAGAGAAUACGGAGGUUCCAAGAGAAAUGCUUUAUUGAAGUGGUGUCAGAAGAAGACAGAAGGCUAUCAGAAUAUUGAUAUCACAAACUUUAGCAGCAGUUGGAACGAUGGAUUGGCUUUCUGUGCUGUUCUCCAUACUUACCUCCCAGCUCACAUUCCCUAUCAAGAGCUGAACAGUCAGGAUAAGAGGAGAAAUUUCACGCUGGCUUUCCAGGCAGCGGAAAGUGUUGGCAUCAAAUCCACUUUGGACAUUAACGAGAUGGUACGAACAGAGCGUCCGGACUGGCAAAAUGUCAUGCUGUAUGUUACAGCAAUUUACAAAUACUUUGAAACCUGAGAGCCUGAUAAUAAAGAAGAAUAUUAGGCAAAGCCGAAAUCCAACUUGAUACAGUAAUCUCGACCGGCACAGUCCACAUCCCACAGCCUCCAAUGAAACUCCUACUGACUAUUUUGAGCAGCUUUUGUGAACAAGGUUUUGUUAACAGUGCUUUUGGAAAACCCAAAUAGCUAAACUAGCUGGAUUAAAUUAUUAGCCCAGAAAUCUUGAACUUUAAGAACAGCCUUGUAUGGACCUGAAGCUCUCGUACUGUUAAGGAAGAGGAGUGAACUGAAUGGAUGCCACAGAAUACACAAGAUUUAAAUGGACAGCUGAAAGUGAGAGAUCUAUAUAAUAGAAUCAUUAAGACUUUUCUUCA